AUGCUUCGUUUGAUGGCGCUCUUUCUUUUUUUCGGACUUACCGAUACCUUUUCCUCGGCUGAAGCGGAACUCAUCACCGAUUCACAGACAACGGUGAGUUAUGAAUGCUGUGUUUUGUGUUGGUUAACAGUAACGUCAAUUUUGAAAUGAGAAACAAUCAUCAAAGUCAUCGUUGUUUCGGGCCGGGCGAGACUGGGCAUUGAUGGAAAUUUUUACGACCAACAAAUCACAACUUUGAUCAGAAUGGAGUGCUUUGGAGUAUCAAUUUCUGGAAAUCAAUGAAUUGUGCAGUGGUAGUUGUAUUCAGUUCUGACCUAUCAUUUGAAUAGAAUUCGAAAGAAGGGUACACUACAUUACGCGUCUUUGGCUUUGCAUUUUCAUAUUCAUCUACUGUCCCGAGUUUUUUUUACGUCCUUUCUUUCUCUCUCUUUUUGCAUUUUUUUUAGUUCAAUUGUAGUACUGUUCUGAAGAAGCAAGUUUGAGCUACCACCUGAAACUUGCUUCCCAGAAGACUAAAAGAUCUGGAAAGGGGAAGUGACGUUUUGUAUUCUGGUUUUAGCAUUGGAUUACUCCCCAGUUUUUACUUUUCGAUCAAACUUUGCAGACUCUUUGGACUUGGAUUGAAAUAUGUUGGGUCCAAAUUUCAGACCGAACGGAUUAUCGGGUCCCGAGGUAUACGAGCCUAAAAGUCCUUGUUUUUGCGAAAAGCCCAGGCUUUUCGGCUAUAUAUCAGUACCAAAUAAUCCAAUCCGUCUCAAAUUUGAGACCCAAAAUACUUCAAUUCAAGUUCAAGAAGCUUGUGAAGUGUGGGUCCGAUCGAAUUAUUACAAGUUGUUCAAAAGUCCAAGCCCAGAAAGGCCCUUAAAAAACCCGGUCCGACCAGCUCCGAAUCAGUUAAUUUUUUUAAUCCACCAUAGUUAUAGAGUAGAGAUCCAAAAAGAAACUUUAAUGUGGAAGUGCCCGACGUUCUGGAGCGUUGGGACUACUAAAUUUUUGCAACAAAACACAUUAUAUCCAACAGAAUGACAUCCCUAACUUUGACAAGAACAAUGUGUCAGUCGGCUGAAAGUGCUUCAUUUUCUUAUUGAAUGCGCAGUUUUUUCUAAGAUCAACCCGGCUUUGUCCAAAACACAAAUAACGCUCACAAGAACUGAAAUUCGAGAUGGCCACCCACAAUUAAUUUCUGUUUUAUUGAAUAAUACAGCAGGUACAAUUCUUUUCACCACACUUUUUUAAGGGAAUCCUUCCUCUCCAAACCUUGUUCCGUUAUUUGGAGUGCGAAGAAAAAAGGCCUUCUAUGUAGAAGAAAGCGAGUCCAUUGGGUUCUCGAACUUCUGUCCCAAAUCUCAUUACGAUAGCUGUAUGCGAACGCGUAAAAAGAUGCGUUGAUUUGAGAAGAAACGCAAUGUUCGAUAAAAACAAUGAAAAAGUGAGUAAAGCGAACAAUAAAUAUGGAGCCACGUGGCGCGAACUCUCAGCGGUCAUAAAUAAAGCUUCAGUGGUCGCGUAAUCCAAUUUUUGAUGAAUGCCUUCUUGGUCUUCACGGAUGGAGGACGAAAAAAUCUGCAAUACCUUUUCUGCUCUUUCUAUUCUCACGCUUUUGCUCUUUUCCUACAAUUCCACUACAGAAUUGAAAAUGUGCGGACAUCAUGCAUGAUUCAUCGCGAAACAUACACUUCCCAACACCUUUCUAUUUUGUUUUUUGUCUCUAAAACUGCGCUCCGGCUCAUUUAUUCAUCACUUCCCGAAGUCUUUUCGUGAGUGAAAUCGGUUCCUUCUCCCUCUGUUUCUGAAUUCCAGUUCCUUUUUGUCACUUACUAUGUAGUUUCCUAUUCUGAAGUGAGAUAAGCGAUGAACUUGUGAAAAAAUGAACCAAGUUUCUCGAGGAGAGCACUACACCACCACACAAAACUCGUUCCGUUCUCGAUUUUCCCCCAUUUCCUUCGUUUUUUUUCCUUCUUAGACGUUCCGUUUACUUCCUUUGCUGAUUUGAAUUUACUCACUCCCAAAGAAUAAGAAUACGGAUUUGAAAAUUUUCAAAAUGUAUAAUUAACCGCGACGAAAAAAACAACAUUAGUCCCAAAAAAGCUAGUUUGUUAUUCGCAUUCUUCUUCCUUUUUCUCACACCGUCUCUGUUUUUGGUGUCCCAAGAUGAUUUGCUCGUCAUUCAGUUGACGCAUGUCCUUAUUUUGUCCACUAAAGAAGUAAAGAAGCGAGCGCAAAAAGAGUGCGGAAAUUGAACGGAAUGGUCUGAUUUUAUGGUUUCCUGUCGUUUUCUAAUCUCAACAAAUCAUAGUUUCAAAAUGUUUUAAUCUUUCUCUCAUAUUGCAUCCCAAAAAAUCAUACGCAAUGACUAGGAAAAUCUGGAUUUCAAUUCCUUAGAAUCCAAAACAACAUCUCUUGUUUCGCCUUUGUCGGAAAUCAAUCAAUUUCUCUAUUUUUCUUUUCUGUUUUUCCUUUGUUUGUUCGUUGAAGUGUUGGUUCCUUUUCGGUAAUUCCUGAAACGGUGAACUCGGAAAAAGUCUCUUCGGCUCCUUUCUAUUGUUUUGCGAUUCGUUUUAGAAACCGCACGCUAGUCAUAGAUGCCUUUUUUCAUUUUCUCCUGUUGCAAACCGAACGAAUGAAAAACCAUCCGCAGGAACCUUUGCGACGUCCAUGAAUAAUAGAAAACGGCGGAAGUGGAGCAAACACCGAAAUCGAGCCACUCCCUAUUUUCACUAUUUUUUAACGUUUUUGUACAUUUCAAGACAAUUUGCAUGAGAAUGAGAAAGUAGGAGCACAGAUUUUGUGCUUAUACUGACUUCCAUCUUCGCUGCCAAUUCUUCUCUUUCCCAGAUUUAAACCCGGUCAUUCAUCUUACUCGCUUCAUUGGUUUUUGUUCCCAAAAGGGCGAAAGAUGGAGCAGGAAGCGUGGUGGCGGUUCUUUUCGUUUCUCAGAACAUGAAUGAGGAAAACGGGACGGGCGUUCUGAAAACGGGAAAAAGUCGAAGAGAUAAUUGAAAAAAUGACGACUUCGUUAAAUGCCCUCCAUGUUUGCUUCGUUUUACAUCCGUUCGUCAUUUCAACUCAUUAACUGACUGCAAUCAACCACUUUAGAUCCGACUGACUUCCAAGUAUUGUCUGAACACAAUGAAAGAGCAAACUUUCAGUCGCUUUGCAACUCGAAAUUUCUCUCAAACGGUCCCGUUUUUUCUUCCUCUUCUUUUUUCAGAGCAAAGAACACAACUCAUUCUAUUCCGGUGGGGGCGAAGAAUAUAAUAAGAUUAAAUAUCUCUGCUAUACAUCUCUUCAAAACCUUUGCAUUUCCGAGGUUCAUUUACGCAAUGAUAUCAUAAUUAGAACUAGAAUUAAACUUGACAUUCACGGCACUUUAAGCAACGUUCUUAAAUUCGUAUUUGUCUAUGAGCCAUUCUUAGGAAGGCGCUUUUACCGUACAGUAUAUUUAACAGGCUUCCUAUCUCCUCUUCCCCUUAUAAUUAGAUUUUUUCUGAGAAUCUCAAAAAGAGCAAAGAAAAGGAGAUUACCAAUUGUGAAUUUAGCUGGCUGACAACGAAAAAAGUAAUCGGAUUCCGUAGAAACAAGGGAUUUAUCUGCUGGCCGGUGGAUUAUGUCAUGUAUUCAAUUCAUGACGAGAUUGCACUAAUGUACCCCCGGAACUGCUUUUGUUCAUAGUUCAGCAUCAGCUCACGGGUAACAUCCAUCGUAUUAUUUCCAUAUUUGGGAUUUGAUCCCUCCUUCUUCCUCUGGAAUCUUUGAGUCAUUAUUCUCUUUUUUCUGCCUUCUUCCUGCUCGAGGUCUCAGUUUCACCAAAGCUUAUCCGCCCUCUCAGAAAUGUUUACUUUUGGUCCAUGUGCGACGUUUUCUCUUCUCCACCUUCGUUCUCUCAGUUUUUCUCAACUUUUUCUCGUCGAAAUUCAAUUUCCGUAGAGUCUGGGGGGUCGAAUUUCAGAGAAAGAGGGAUGUUUAAAUGUCAGUCACACACUCUGAAUAAUGACAUUAUCCAUUAUUUGCCGAUUCCAUGAAUGUUUCACGUUUGCCGCCACCAUUUCGAGAUUAAAUUCAUCCUAUUUUCCCUCAUUUAUCAAUCCUCCUCCUCUUCUUCCCACUCCUUUUCCAUUUUUCAUUUCGUACCAAGAGGUAUCCAUAUAUUCUGACACGUUUUUAGAAUCUCUCCUACUCUACAUUUUCUCUCAUCCAAGAUUUAUUAGGUACAUAAAUCAAAACGCGCUGCCGAGUGUGUUCUAGUACCUAUUUUUUUGCCAAAUGAAAGAGUGUGUAGUCUAACGUGGCUCCCAUGGAUAACCGCUGCUUUAAAGGGGGACAUUCUGAAGAGGAAGAGCAGGAGAUGAUGGAUUUCACACAUGUAUAUUCCAUUCUUCACCAGUCCUUCACAUGCUCUCCGUCUUCCCCCAUCUAAUAAUGGAUUCACGUUUUGUCAAUUUCUUCAAAAUUUUGUGUGAAGAGACACACAUAUAUUUUUGGGCGGAAAUCAUUAAAAUUUCAUGACUGGCUACACCUUAUUUCGAUCGCAUCAGAGUUUCCGAAAAUGAAGACACAUUUCAUCUUGUACUUCUUCCGCUUCAAAAAACGUGCCGAAUUGAGAACCGAGAUCGAUGGUUCACUUCCUUUUCAAUCAGCUGUCUCCUCCUAUUUUUCGGGCACAUCAUUUUUCUGCUAAAUAUAGAGUGAAUGGUCGGACUCACGUCCGCAAAUAUAUACUUUUGCUCUACGUGUUCCGUUCCCUGAUUGGAUUAACAUUAACAUUAACCGGCUCUCAUUUCAAAUCUUCCAGAUGUCAGCGGAACUGAUGACAGUCACAGCAAUCAUCAACAAUUCUACACAAACUUACUUGUCGACAUGUAAAAUCAAGAAUGUGAGAAAAGCAACUAAUGUUGAAGCUAAUAAGAGUACAAAAAUUUUUAGAACCCGAUGGAGAUGGAAUACUUCCGUCCAUUCUUCAUCGCAAUGUACUGUGCUAUCUUCCUUGUGGCAAUAUCCGGUAACUUUCUGGUGAGUGACGUCUUCUUUCAAAUGUAUCUGAUUUCAAAUUUUACCUUAGGUCGUCUACGUGGUCAUGACAAACAAAAGGAUGCAGACGAUAACCAACAUCUUCAUUACAAACCUGGCCGUCUCAGAUAUUAUGGUGAAUUUCACGUGAGUCCAGAUUUUGUUUCACGGAAGUCAUACCUCCGGUCGGUUUAGAUCACUCUGGUUGACACCGACAUAUACCUCGAUAGGACACUGGAUUUUUGGCGGUGGUCUUUGUCACGGACUCCCUCUCUUUCAAGGUAUCGCCUUUCUGGAAAUGAGAUGAUCAUCCAUCAAACUAUACAGGUACAAGUAUCUUCAUCAGUACUUGGACCCUGACCGCCAUCGCCAUCGAUCGGUACAUUGUGAUCGUGCACAAUUCAUCCAAUAUUAAUAUCAACGACCGGAUGUCCAUGAGGGUACAUCAAAGGAUCUGAACAUAAAAAUCUGGAAAAAAAAACGUUUCAGACAUGCCUCUCUUUCAUUGUACUUAUUUGGCUUUGUUCCCUGCUCUUGGUCACACCAUACGCAAUCAAUAUGAAGCUGAACUACAUCAGCGAACCGUGCGAUUUCCUGAUUUGUAGUGAAGAUUGGAGCAACGCGGAGUUCCGUUCCACGUUUGGACUUGUGGUUAUGAUUCUUCAGGUAUAACAACUGAUUUGUGAAAAACGAGACUAUGUAAACCUUUUACAGUUCAUUCUUCCAUUCGUACUGAUCGCCAUAAGUUACACCAAGAUUUGGUUGUUCCUGAACAGUCGACAGAGCAUGACCGAACGUAAAUCAGACAUCAAACGGAAGAAGCGCCUACUCCGGAUGUUGAUCGUGAUGGUGGUCAUAUUUGCCAUCUGUUGGUUCCCUUUCAACCUACUGUAAGCAAAACAAAUUAAUCGCCAGCACUGAAGAUAAACUUUCAGUAACUGCCUCCGCGAUCUGAAACUCGACAACUUCAUGCGAGGAUACUUCAGUUUCGUAUUCCUGUCUGUUCACCUCAUGAGUAUGACUGCCACCGCAUGGAAUCCGAUUCUCUACGCGUUCAUGAACGAAACCUUCCGGUGGGUUUAUAGGAUUUGCAUUCUUAAUGUGAGCGCGACUUUCGCUCUUCUUGUUUUGGUUCGUGUUGACGUAACAUACCAUUUCCGUCUGACUCACAGUUUCUGAAAAAUAGGCGUAUUUUGCUACAUUACACGUUCGACGAUGACCUUUUCAGUGAGGAGUUCGCCAAAGUUGUUCCAUGGAUUUUCGCUCGUCGCCCCGGAACUGGACCGAUUCGAAUCAUCACUGGUACAAAAUAACACCCACAUCCGUAUUUCACCGCUUUGCUUACUUUUUAGAACGCGCCGCUCGCAUUGCUAACCCAUUCAGCCGUGCUGCUAACCGCAAUAAACACGAGGACGUCCCGCCGACUACUGUCAUUUCUGGUACGUUUCUGGUGUAUGGUGUCUUUCGAGGGAGAAGAAAAGAUGGAAGCCAAUUAUUCGCACAUGUGCAUCCAGUGACCACAUCAGAAAUUGCAUUCAGAGUGUCCAACACAAGUGGCCGAGCCGCAACGCAGCAUUGUUUAUCUCGAUGAGCCGGAAAACGGAUCGAGCUGCCAGACGCUUCUGCUUUAG